CACUGACUGGCUGAGUGUGCUGUGAGGAGGGAGAGAUGGAUGCGACUCCGCUGUCUGCCGGCUGUGUGAAUGAGAUGGAGGCCGGUGGAGAUGAAGAGGGAGAGGCUCGGGAGGAGACCAAGGAGUGUCAGAGACUCACUGCAGAGAGAGAUGAGGCUGAAAGGCAACUCAAACACAUUAAACGGGUUUCCCAAAUGGUGAUUGAGGAGGUGAACGUACUACAGACCCAGCUUGAGAUUGAGAAAUCGUGCCGGGAAAAUGCAGAGGCUCUGGCUACCAAGUUGAAUUGUGAGAACAGGAAGCUGAAGUAUUUGAGCCUGUCCUCACGGCCGUGUUUGGACGAGCUGCUGCCCAGUAUUUCGGACUGCAUUUCCCAAGAAGAAGAGACUGACACGCGAGAACCUGGCUCUGAUCCUUUUUCACAGUAUAAGCAGCAGGUCAAAGAUCUCCAAGAAACCGUGAGUUCUUUGCUGGAGGAGAAAAAGCAGUUGACUUGCCAGCUUCAAAAUCAGCAGAGGCAGAUAGAGGAAUUGACAGCACUUACUGAAAAGGAGCAGGCCGAGAUGAAGGAGCUUUAUAAAACCAUUGAGCAGCAAAGCAAGACCAUUAAAAGGUUCAACAGGGUGUCAAUGAUGGCCACUCAUGAGUAUGAAAACAUGAAGGAGCAGCUGGAUUUGGAGCAGAGCCUCAGGCAGAAAGCAGAGACCUAUGCACACGAGAUGAUGGUGAAGCAGAAAGAAGCAAACAGACAGAGCAUGAUUCUGCUGCAGCAGGGAGAUCCCAGCAUUCAGCUGAUCAAAGCUUUGGAAGAUGUGGCCAGUGUGAGUAAAACAUUAGAAGAAGAGAGAAUACAGCACCAAGAGAAGGUAAAAGCUCUAGAGGCUGAACUGGACGAAUGUGCUUUGCGUAAGCAGCUAGUUCAACUGCAAAGACAACUGGAGAUAUUAGACGAAGAAAAGAAAGAGACUGAGGGACGACUGCAGGAGGAAGAGAAGAGAAACACUCUUUUGGAACAGAAAGUUAAAGAGCUGCAGGAGGAGAGGAGGAGCUGUGCUUCAGCAUCAAGCCUGAAUGAAGCAGUGGACGAAGUCAAAGUCAAAGCUGUCAAUGAAAUGAUGGAGAGAAUCAAACACGGCGUGGUUCUCAGGCCUGUGAAGAAUGAUGGGCAGCUGAGUAAAGUCUCCUCAUCAAACAGCCUGAACGGCCGACACAGUUCUGAUUCUGGCAAAGACACAGAAGGGCCAGGCAGCAGCUCUCUGUCAGGCAGUGAGCGUGGAUCAAGAACCAGCUCAGACUCGGGCCGAGAGCCAGCCGUGGCUCGACAGAGCUCAGAUUCUGGCAUGGAGUCCAAGGGAGCCGCUCAGUCAGAGAGUGUCUGUAGAUCUCUCUCUGAGAAAGAGCCCGCUGAACCAGUCACCAACGGGUGCUGUUCAGGUGAAAUGAAGGAUGGCGAUCCAGAGAAGUGGGCGGGGCCCAAUGGGAUUGGCUAUAUGGAUGCAAGUGACGUCCUGCAAACCACCAUCAGCUCCUCUGCAGAAAGCCCCAAUGCAGCAAACAGUAGCACAGACGCCGAGUGUUAACAGCAAGUGGCGCUGCAAGGACAGCUGCAUUAUUUGCACAAAACCAUGCUUUCUAAGUUUGUUUAUUCCAAAUUUGAAACCAACCAUUCAUAUUUUACAUGAAUAUAGAAAGAUAAUUUCAUCAAUUGCAGCUUGAAAACCAGAC